AUGGGAAGAGAGGGAGGUAGAUAAAUCGUGUACGUUCCGCACAAAUAUGCGACCUCUUUUGCCCGAGCUGUCGGUAUCGCAACUCAUAUGAUCUUCGUGAAUUGACUAACCCCUCCGAGUUGUGUGGACUUUUCCAUUAAUGUUGAUUUCAUGCUUCCAUUUCUCUCUGCACGAGCACGUACACAAUAUAAUUUGGAUUACUCCUCUCCUACUCAGCUUUCCAUCUCCGUCCUCACAAUCAAAUUCCAAUUUCCAUACUGUUUAAUCGAAAAUUAGUUGAGUGUCUGAAUUGUUCGGUGUACUUGUUGCCGCUACUUCUCCUUCACAUUUCUCGUUACGGAGCGGCGAGUCAAGGAAUAACUGAACAAGGUUCAAUCUCCGCCGCUCGGAAGCCUAGCUGUUCGAGAAAUUGAAUUCGCGAGAAUUGGAAGCGGGAGGCGGUGUUGGAGAUCUGAAUUGGAGUUUAUUACUAGCUGAAGCCUGAAGGAGAGUACAAGUGGUGGAAGAAGAAGGUGUUAUUGCUCACCGCCUUCAAAUCUGCGCUAUUUCGGAUUUUGUAUUCGUUUGAGGAGACAGAAACAGUUGCAGAUGAUUGUAUUGUAAUGAUGAGUAUACUACACUGGAAUAUAUGUUCAUGGGCACGCCUGAAAAUUACAAGCUGUUGGAAAUAGUUGGCGCUCUGAAAUCAUGGAUACCAAAGAGGGGACAGCCUGCAAAUAUGCCUAGAGACUUCUGGAUGCCCGAUCAAAGCUGCAGAGUAUGCUAUGAGUGUGAUUCCCCAUUUACUGUGUUUAACCGUAGGCAUCAUUGCCGUCUGUGUGGACGGGUUUUCUGUGCCAAGUGUGCUUCAAAUUCUAUUCCUGUCCCGUCUGAGGUGACCAAUAUAGGCCCGGAAGACGGGGAGAGGAUUAGGGUCUGCAACUAUUGCUUCAAGCAACAGAAGCAGGGUAUAGCUAUGGUUGACAAUGCAACAAGUAUGACAAGCCCAGGCAUCAGUCCAUCUCCCUCAACCACAAGUUUGGUUAGUUCACAGUCUAGCUGCACUUGUAAUAGUGGCAGCAGUGUUGAUUCAACUGUUUACACAACAGGAUCAUACCUUCAUGUGCCUUAUGGCUCAUCUCAGAGCUCCUCACCAUCGGCUCAGACCAGUCAAGUCACGGUGAAGCAAGACCAAUUAUUGUCUUCAGAAAAUCCAUAUUCUGAAAAAUAUGGUUCUUCCAACAGGAAUAAUGAUGAGGAUUAUGAUUACAGUGCAUAUAGGGUGCACUCUAACCCAAGCCAGUUCUGUACUGCUGAUGUCUAUUAUGAUGAUGUUAGCUGUAAUGAGGAAACCCUUGCUUGUUGCCACUCUCAAGAAAAUGUUGAAAUGAACUGUUUAAGUUCUGAAAUGUUACCUGAGAGCAUUGAACGAAAGCACUUGGGAAGUACAGAAAAAGUUGAGGAAAUAGUGGAUGCAAAUAAUAAUAGUAUGGAGGAUGAAGAUCCCUCUAUUGAUUCUGUGAAUAGUACAGAAAGUGAACCUGUGGAUUUUGAGAACAAUGGUCUACUUUGGCUGCCUCCAGAGCCUGAAGAUGAAGAGGAUGAGAGAGAAGCUCUUCUAGAUGAUGAUGAUGACAAUGGUGGUGAGGGGGGUUCUGCUGGUGAGUGGGGUUACUUGUCCCCUUCACGCAGCUUUGCUGAUGGGGAGUACCGCAAUAAGGAGAAAUCUUCUGAGGAGCACAGGAGGGUCAUCAAAAACAUAGUUAAUGGGCAUUUUAAAGCUUUAAUAGGACAACUGUUGAAGGCUGAGAAUUUGUCUAUCGGAGAUGAGGAUGAUAAAGAGAGUUGGUUGGAGAUAAUCACUGCUUUAUCCUGGGAAGCUGCAACAUUCCUAAAGCCUGAUAUGAGUCAGAGUGAGGGAAUGGAUCCUGGUGCAUAUGUGAAGGUUAAAUGCAUACCAUGUGGGCAUUUCACUGAGAGUGUGGUUGUUAAAGGGGUUGUUUGCAAGAAAAAUGUGGCUCAUCGGCGGAUGACAUCCAAAAUAGAUAAACCUCGACUUCUAAUCCUUGGAGGGGCAUUGGAAUAUCAGAGGGUGACUAACCACUUGUCAAGUUUUGAUACUCUAUUGCAGCAGGAAAAGGACCAUCUGAUGAUGGCUGUAGCAAAGAUUGAUGCUCAUCAUCCGAAUAUUUUGUUAGUAGAGAAAUCAGUAUCCCGAUUUGCACAAGAAUGCCUUCUUGCAAAGGAUAUAUCCCUUGUUCUCAAUGUCAAACGACCACUUUUACAGCGCAUAGCCCGUUGUACUGGUGCGAAAAUUGUCCCUUCAGUUGAUAAUCUUGCUACUCAAAAAUUAGGGUAUUGUGAUUCAUUUCGUGUUGAGAAGUUUGUGGAAGAGCAUGGCAAGGCUGGGCAUGAUGGAAGAAAAUUGGUGAAGACAUUGAUGUUCUUUGAGGGCUGUCCUAAGCCAUUGGGUUGUACUAUUCUGCUUAAGGGUGCUAAUGUUGAUGAACUGAAGAAGGUUAAACAUGUAGUUCAAUAUGGAGUUUUUGCAGCUUAUCACUUGGCUCUGGAGACAUCUUUUCUUGCUGAUGAAGGUGCCUCUCUGCCAGAUCUCACUUUGAAGUCUCCAAUAAAAGUUGCAUUGCCUGAUAAGCCACCAAGUAUUAAUAAAUCCAUUACUUUGAUUCCUGGUUUCACUCUACCUGACGACAAAAGUCCACAAUGUUCCCAUAUGGCUAGCAUGUUCUCUCAGUCAGUUGCUGCAUCAUCAUCUAAUAUUGCAUCCGACUGUGAUCAGGAGUCUUACUUAUCCAAAGGUUCUAGCCCAAAAUUAAAUGCUGGAAGUAGAUUAGAUAAUCUGACACUUACUGAUUCUACCACUUCCUUGGGCUAUCCAAGAUUUGAUUUUCAUGAUCAAGGGUAUGAGGGGAUGAACAAGGAUGCUAAUAAAAAUGUUCCUGAAACGUCUUCAGUCCAUAAUACUGAAGUAGUUGGGCAUGAAGAUUUAACUUCUAAUUGUCCUAGCAAUUUAGAGUCAUUGGGGCAACUAGGUGGUUUUCCUCACUUUGUUGGCACUUCACAGCAUGCUAACAUGUGCACUUCUGAGUUGGUGCCUCCAGAAACUGAUAAUAAUCACAUUGAGGAGUUAGAGCCUUUAAAAGAAGAGUUUACCAACUUACCUUCUGAUCCUCAGAGUAUUUUGGUAUCCCUGUCAACACGUUGUGUUUGGAAACAAAGUGUUUGUGAACGGUCUCGUCUUUUCCGGAUAAAAUAUUAUGGAAGCUUUGAUUUGCCAUUGGGUCGUUUUUUACGGGACCAUCUGUUUGAUCAGAAUUAUCGAUGUCACUCCUGUGAGAUGCCAUCAGAAGCACAUGUUCAUUGCUACACUCAUCAGCAAGGCAGCCUAACAAUUUCUGUGAAGAAGCUUCCAAAUGUAGUUUUGCCUGGAGAACGCGAAGGAAAAAUCUGGAUGUGGCACAGGUGCAUGCAAUGCCCUCGUAUAAAUGGUUUCCCUCCUGCAACCAGGAGAGUAGUAAUGUCUGAUGCAGCUCGGGGUUUGUCUUUUGGUAAAUUUUUGGAAUUAAGUUUCUCAAACCAUGCUGCUGCAAGCAGGGUUGCUGGCUGUGGUCAUUCCCUGCAUAAAGACUGCCUUCGGUUCUAUGGUUUUGGAAAAAUGGUUGCUUGUUUUCGAUACGCUCCAAUUAAUGUUCACUCUGUCUUUCUCCCUCCCCAAAAACUUGAAUUUAACCAUGAUAAUCAAGAAUGGAUACACAAAGAAGUGAAUGAGGUUUGCAGUAGGGCAGAAAAUCUGUUUGUUGAGGUGUUCAAAGCUCUUCACAAAAUUUCAGAGCAAAUCUCUGUGAAAGAUGGAGCCAAAGCACAAGAUUCAGGUCACCGAAUUGCUAAACUAGAGAGAAUAUUAGAGAAGGAGAAAAUGGAAUUUGAGGAAUUGUUAGGAAAAGUGCUCAAUGGAGAAGUUAAAGUUGAUGAGCCUUCAGUUGAUGUUCUUGAAGUUAAUCGUCUAAAAAGGCAAUUAGUGUUUCUUGCUUACCUCUGGGACCAACGUUUGGUACAUAUUACUAGUCCUGAUCAUAAAGACUUCCAAUCUUUAAGUGAUUCAGCUCCAAAAGUGAAGGAGAAGCCCUUCAACUCUACUGAUAGUCCUGCCGAGAGGAAUGAAAUUUCCUGCCCUGGAAAAGGAUUUAAUAGUUCAGGUUCCUUUUUACAGAAUGCGAAGUCUGAUAUAGCAUUCACUGAAGAUGUAUGUGAGCAGCCUCUUGAUGGCCACAAAACAAUGCAUAUGGAUCAGAACCAAAGUCAUAGGAAGGAACUUGAUGUUUGCCUUUCUUCUAACACAAACAUCAGUGAUCAAAGCAAUCAGGAGCCUGGGGAAAAUAUGAAACGAGUUCACUCAGAGGACCCUGUUAUGGAAAAUCUGUCUGAUACUCUUGAUGCUGCAUGGACUGGUGAAGGGCAGUCAGCUUCUAAGGAUAGUUCUGCACCUCCCAUGGAUUCCUCUAGUUCCAUUAAAACCCCAGCAGCAUCAGGUGUUUCACAGUCUGAUGACAUGGACUAUCAGACCUGGUUGAUGUCACCUUUUCUAAGUUUCUACCAGUCAUUCCAUAAGAAUUUUAGAAACUCAAAAAAGCAGGGUAACUUGAGCGAGUACAAUCCUGUCUAUAUCCUCUCAUUUCGGGAGCUGCUACAUCAAGGCGGUGCUAGGCUGCUUUUGCCUGUGGGUGUUAAUGACACUGUUGUGCCUGUUUAUGAUGACGAGCCAACUAGUGUUAUAUCAUAUGCUCUUGUAUCAACAGAUUACCAUAUUCAAAUGUCGGAGGCAUCUGAGAGAACUAACAAAGUAGAAUCCCCGGUUUCCUUGCCCUUUUUAGAUUCAUUCAGUUUACUUUCUCUUUCUUCAUUUGAUGAGGUAAUUUCAGAAUCUCUAAGAGGUAUUGGCUCUAUUGAUGAAAGCAACCUAUCCAGUCUUGGCUCUCAAAGCUCUUCAAGUGUAGACCAAAAUUUGUACACUAAUGUUUCGCAAGCCCGCAUUACUUUCUCGGAUGAUGGUCCUCAGGGAAAAGUGAAGUAUGCAGUCACUUGUUAUUAUGCCAAGCAAUUUGAGGCCCUAAGAAAGGCUUGUUGUUCCCCUGAAUUGGAUUUUGUUCGUUCUCUCAGCCGAUGUAAAAAAUGGGGUGCUCAGGGUGGGAAAAGUAACGUCUUCUUUGCAAAAACCUUGGAUGAUCGAUUUAUCAUUAAACAGGUUACAAAGACAGAGUUAGAGUCAUUUAUCAAAUUUGCUCCUGCUUAUUUCAAAUAUUUAUCUGAUGCAAUUGCAAGUAAGAGCCCAACUUGCUUGGCAAAGAUCUUGGGCAUAUAUCAGGUUACAUCAAAGCAUUUUAAAGGGGGGAAAGAAUCAAAAAUGGAUGUUUUGGUGAUGGAGAAUCUUCUAUUUAGGCGAAGCAUCACGAGACUUUAUGACCUCAAAGGAUCUUGUCGAUCCCGAUAUAAUCCAGAUUCAAGUGGAAGCAAUAAAGUUCUGCUUGAUCAGAACUUGAUUGAAUCAAUGCCAACUUCCCCAAUAUUCUUAGGACCAAAAGCAAAGAGGCUAUUGGAGAGAGCUGUUUGGAAUGAUACUGCAUUUCUUGCUUCAAUAGAUGUAAUGGACUAUUCACUAUUAGCUGGUGUGGAUGAGGAAAAGCAUGAAUUGGUGCUCGGAAUUAUUGAUUUUAUGAGACAAUAUACCUGGGACAAGCAUCUCGAGACUUGGGUGAAAGCUUCUGGAAUCCUGGGCGGGCCUAAGAACGCUUCUCCAACAGUGAUUUCUCCCGAGCAAUAUAAGAAGAGAUUUAGGAAAGCAAUGUCUGCUUAUUUUCUAAUGGUACCAGAUCGGUGGUCUUCAUCAGCAAUAGUUUCCGUUCCAUCUCAGUCCAACUCAAGCGAGGGAAACUCUCAAACUGGGGCGUCCUUAGAAUGAUUAGCGUGAAGCUUGGAACAUUCAUUUCAAGCUCGCAAGAGGUAGGUUUCUUAGAAUAUAUUUAGUUCCGUCUGCCUUUUUAUGCCUUCAGCUUCAUAAUUUGUGCACACUGAGGCUGUUUUGAGCCCACGAAAUUUGUGUUCUUUCCUCUGUAUUUAGUAUAUAUAUAUAUCCAGUCUUAGUUGAUACACCAUAGGUUGAGGUGAGCAGGGUUUGAAUCUCUUCAUUUAGUGUAGGGUUAAGGCCACCUCAUAGGCGCUCUACUCUUCUUUUUCUUUUUUUGCCAUAAUCAUCUGUUCAUUUUGUCUUAUGUUAAUUGUUAAUUGCCAAUAUUUUUCAUCUUGUUAAAUUCAUUCCUUAUCCAUAACAA